AUGCCACGCUGUGGCACAGCACACCUGAAGCCAGUGGCUGAAGCCCGUGAAAACAGCGUGCUCCACGUCGACAGGACGCGGCUGUGGGUUGACGAACACCUGCUGUCGCCCAAUGACUUGGUCGCCCAACAGCUGCACCCGCGCUUGGAGCCGCGCGACCUGGUUGCGUUUCUGGACGCCAACAACCUGGAGCCGGGCCUCGACUUCAAGCUGUCAUUAAUGACGGCCAUUGCGCUGAGCCUGGUGGCCUGUCAGAUGAGGCAGCUGCACCACAGCGACUACUGCGAUGACGUGCUGCUGAAGUGGAUGACGAUGCUGGCGCUGCGCGAGUUUGUUGUACAGCUGCACCCGCGCUUGGAGCCGCGCGACCUGGUUGCGUUUCUGGACGCCAACAACCUGGAGCCGGGCCUCGACUUCAAGCUGUCAUUAAUGACGGCCAUUGCGCUGAGCCUGGUGGCCUGUCAGAUGAGGCAGCUGCACCACAGCGACUACUGCGAUGACGUGCUGCUGAAGUGGAUGACGAUGCUGGCGCUGCGCGAGUUUGUUGUAGUGAGAAGCAAAGAAGUGCAAUCGUGCCAACAUGGUGACCAUGCAUCGUGCCGGCUCUUCAUCCCUUUUCGUGUCCGCUGCACUUGA